AGUGUGCAAGCGGGGAUAAGUGUGAUGACGUCAUAACUCUCCCCCUCCACUCCCGGCCGGGGACCCCUAUCCCUGAGGCCGGGAGGAGUACAGGAGGCUGGGCCUGGGCACAACCCGGCAAUUGCUCAGUGCGCAUGUGCAGAGUAUGGAGCUGACUGAGUAACAGCUGACUAGCAGUGUUGUUGGUGCUGAGGGCACCGACAGCAAAUCCAGAAUGAAGAGCCCCGUUAUUCUCCUCACCUGGGCGGCAACAUUGGCCAAGGUACUGUGUGAAUAUGGAAUGGUCCAUGUAACAUCAGAGAAAAGUGUUGGCAGUGCCAAAGAUUACUGUAUUCUUUUUAAUUCUGAAUGGGCUCACUUGCCUCAUGACCUGACCAAAGCUGCCUUGCUCCAUCUUCAAGAUCAGACUGCAUCUGUGCUUUGUUCCCCCACCGAUGUCCCAGAUGGUGGCUUCAGUAAUCAUAUCCCUAUGGUAAUGAGAGGAAAUUGCACUUUUUACGAGAAGGUGCGACUGGCGCAGAUCAAUGGAGCACGUGGGCUGCUGAUCGUUAGCCGGGAGAGGCUGGUCCCUCCUGGCGGUAAUCGUAGCCAGUAUGAAGAGAUUGAUAUUCCAGUGGCUCUACUUAGCUACACUGAUAUGUUGGAUAUCAGUAAGACGUUCGGGCCUUCAGUGAAAGUGGCCAUGUAUGCACCAAAUGAGCCUGUUCUGGAUUACAACAUGGUCAUCAUUUUUAUAAUGGCUGUUGGAACUGUAGCCAUUGGGGGCUAUUGGGCUGGUAGCAGAGAUGUUAAAAAGCGGUACAUGAAACAUAAAAGGGAUGAUGGAUCAGACAAGAAACAUGAUGACGAGACUGUGGAUGUUACUCCUGUCAUGAUCUGCGUGUUUGUGGUUAUGUGCUGCUCAAUGUUAAUUCUUCUGUACCAAUUCUAUGAUCACUUAGUUUAUGUUAUCAUUGCAAUAUUCUGUUUGGCUGCAUCUAUUGGUCUAUACAGCUGUCUCUUCCCAUUUGUCCGCAGAAUCCCAUAUGGGAAGUGCAGAUUUCCAGACAAUAACCUUCCAUACUUUCACAAACGACCACCUAUAUGGAAACUCCUGUUGGCCUCAUUCUGUAUUGCCGUCAGUGUAAUAUGGGGAGUAUAUCGAAACGAAGAUCAGUGGGCUUGGAUUCUGCAGGAUAUUCUUGGCAUAUCUUUUUGUCUCUACAUGUUGAAGACCAUCCGCUUACCCACAUUUAAGAGCUGCACUUUACUCCUGUUUGUUCUCUUUAUAUAUGACGUAUUCUUCGUGUUCAUCACUCCAUUUCUUACCAAGAGUGGGGAGAGUAUCAUGGUGGAAGUUGCUGCUGGCCCUUCAGAUUCAAGCACCCAGGAAAAGCUCCCAAUGGUUCUUAAAGUGCCAAGAUUAAACUCUUCUCCCCUGGCUCUGUGUGACAGGCCUUUCUCUCUCUUGGGCUUCGGGGACAUUUUGGUACCAGGGCUUCUGGUGGCUUACUGUCACAGAUUUGACAUUCAGAUUCAGUCUUCAAGGAUCUACUUUCUAGCAUGCACCAUAGCCUAUGGUAUUGGUCUUCUUGUGACUUUUGUGGCACUCGCCCUGAUGCAGAGGGGGCAGCCUGCUCUUCUCUAUCUAGUUCCCUGCACACUGCUUACAAGUCUGACUGUGGCCCUUUGGCGCAAGGAACUGCCUAUGUUCUGGACCGGCAGCGGCUUUGUGCAGAAAGACCUUCCAAAUCCUCCACUGGUUCUCGCUCCCAGUGCCUCAGAGCCAGUAUUGGAACAGCACAUUGAGAAAGAAGAACAUAACCUAGAUGAAGAAUGUAAUUCUGCAGAAGAACAGCACAAAGUGGGCACUGAGAAGGGCACAGUAGAUGCCACAGAGGAACAGACAUGCCCAAGUACAGAGAGGACAGCAUUGGAGUCAGAAGAACCUCUGAGCUCAGAAUCUACAAAUAUGGCUGAAAAGCAAUUUUCCCCAGACUUGGGAAGCCCUGUUGCAGACGACUUGAAAAUCUCCAAGAAUCCAAAUGCUUGCUAAUUCACUAAAAACUCUUCAGAGCCACAUAUAUAUCCAAAACGCAAACUGGACCACAUGAAUACUUGUCAAUCUACAGCUCACUAUAUACAAGGCCAUGUAAGAACCUAAAUGCCAGCUUUAUCUUCCAGCUACCUCCACAGCACUCAGUGAGGCAUCAGACAGCCAGUCACCGGGUGACUAACAGUGAGGACAUAUGAGCAAAGCAAUGCUAUGGCUCUAAAAUAUAACUGUUUUAUGGUACACAUCUCCAGUAAGGAUGGUUUGUUUUAAUAUACAGUACUGCAAGUUAAACCAGGUUGUUCCCUGAGUCUUUGCAGCAGGAAACAUAGUUAGAAAUCAUAUUUAGAAAACAUGGUAGUUUUUGUUAAAAAA